AUGGCGACCGCUACCGUGACAGACUUUGUCACCACCACCGUCAAUGCCAGCACAGCCGCCAGCUCCAGUACCAACCGAGCAACUCCCCAGGGCGGUGUCUUUGAGGGCGUCAAUCCUUCCACUUACGAUCCUAAAAACCCAAUCAUUCUCUUCAUUAUCCAGGCCAGUAUUGUCAUUAUCUUCACUCGCAUCAUCCAUUUCCCGCUUGCCUACCUCCGCCAACCCCGCGUCAUAGCGGAAGUCAUUACGGGCAUUAUCCUAGGCCCGUCAAUAAUGGGUAGAAUUCCGGGCUUCACGGACUCCGUCUUCCCCACCGCAUCGAUGCCCGCCUUCACACUGGCUGCAAACCUCGGAUUGGUUCUGUUUUUGUUCCUGGUCGGUCUAGAGGUCGAUUUGCGUUUCCUGGCCAGUAACUGGCGGAUAGCCUUGAGCGUCGGCGCGCUGGGGAUGGUCAUUCCUUUCGGUCUCGGCUGUGGCAUUGCUUGGGGUCUGUACUAUGAGUUUCGGGAUGACCCUGGGUUGUCACCUAUCAGCUUUGGAGUUUAUAUGCUGUUUAUUGGGGUGGCCAUGGCAAUCACGGCGUUUCCCGUCCUUUGCCGUAUAUUGACCUCCUUGAAGCUCCUCAGCACCCCGGUCGGCGUCAUCGUGCUCUCUGCCGGAGUGGGCAACGACGUGGUGGGAUGGAUCUUGCUCGCCCUUUGUGUGGCUCUGGUCAAUUCCGGAGCCGGGCUCACGGCCUUGUGGAUCCUCUUCGUCGCCCUCGGAUACUGUUUGUUCGUCGUCUUCCUCAUCCGACCCUGUUUCAUGUAUCUCCUCAGAAGAACAGGAAGUCUUGCGAACGGUCCCACUCAGACGGUGGUGGCUCUGACCGUCCUCCUCGUCCUGGCCUCUUCUUUCUUCACCGGCAUUAUUGGAAUCCACCCCAUUUUUGGCGCCUUUAUAAUUGGUCUCAUGGCCCCUCACGAAGGAGGAUUCGCCAUCAAACUUACCGAAAAGCUAGAAGACCUUGUUGGUGUCUUGUUCCUGCCUCUCUACUUCGCCCUCUCAGGACUCAGUACGAACCUGGGUCUUCUUGAUAACGGGGUAACCUGGGGGUACGUGGUAGGAGUUUGUGCCAUCGCUUUCUUCGGCAAGAUUGCGGGCGGAACAUUGGCCUCGCGCUUGAAUGGACUUGUCUGGCGGGAGUCUUUCACCAUCGGCUGCCUCAUGUCAUGCAAGGGUCUGGUCGAAUUGAUUGUCCUCAACAUUGGACUACAGGCCAAGAUCCUCAGCCAGCGCACAUUCACGAUCUUCGUCGUCAUGGCGCUUGUCACCACUUUCACCACGACGCCUUUAACCACAUGGUUAUACCCGCCGUGGUACCAACGGAAACUCGAACUCUGGAAGCAAGGUAAAAUCGACUGGGACGGCAACCCUCUUCAGCACGACGAUGAAACCGACGAGGCCAGCGAGGCCAACGUUCUCCGCAAGGCAGAUGUGGUCAAACGCAUCCUCGUGUACCUUCGCCUCGACGGCCUCCCCAGCCUCUUCACCAUGGUGUCUCUCUUCGCUCACAAACGUGAGGAGGACCACCACGCAAAAUCUGAUGCUCCCGCCGGCUCCCCUCAACAAGACCAAGGCGUGAUGAAACAGGCUCAAGCCAUGACCUCGGUCCUCACGUUACGUCCUCCUCUGCAAGUCCACGGACUGCGCCUCAUGGAGCUCACGGAGCGAGAGUCGAGUGUCAUGCGCGUGUCCGAAAUCGAAGAGUUCGCCAGCCGAGAUCCCAUCAUCCAAGCGUUUGGCACGUUCGGCCAAUCCCGCGACAUCGCGGUUGGCGGGCAGAUCGCCGUCGUCCCUGAACACUCCUUCUCUGGUACACUGAUGUCGCGUGCCCGCGACCUGAGGUCUGAUCUAGUCCUGAUCCCAUGGUCCGAGACAGGGACCAUGUCCGAGUACCCUAGCUUGUUUGACGCCAAGCCUGGGGAUCCGCUUGCAAAUAGGGCAUUUGCAGCACUGGCCGGCGAGAUGUUCGAGAAGGCACGCGAAACAUGCCACGUGGGCGUGGUCGUCGACAAGAGCUUGUUGUGCGGUCCCAGUGCCUGCAGCGCAGAAUCACCCAUUCAAGAACGCCCAACGCGCCAGCUUAGCCGCACACUCACGGGCAUCAGCCUGGCCGAACAGAUGAACUCCACGAUCCACUUCAAACUCUCGGACAGUGGCCGAUACCGGCUGUUUGCGCUCUUCCAGGGCGGCGAGGACGACUUGUUUGCCGUGCGCUUUGCCCUGCAACUUGCCAAGAACGAAUGUGUGGACCUCAGGAUUCUCAGCGCUCGCGUCGACGAGGUCGAAGAGUCGCAUAAGGAGACCGGUGUCCACACACCCAAGAUGGCCGCCGACUUCGAGUUCGAAACCCUCCGUGUGUCGAUACCCGAGAUUUUGACUGAACGUGUGACGGUCGUUGACGUCGACAUCUCAGGACUUGAAGCCGUGACCACAGCGAUCGCGGAGCCCAGUGCCGCUGAGACUGUCGUGAUCCUCGGUCGCAGUACGGCCGCUACUCCCGACCAUUCACUCUCCAAUUCCAUGAUCCUGGGCGGUGGGAGUUCGAGCCGCGACGACUCACGUACCCUGGGCCCGCUAGCUACCAGCGUGGUCAAGGCUGUACGCGAGAAGCAGCUACAUACCGGUCUAUUGGUCGUGCAGGCUAGACGGGAGGCCGAUGAAGCAGGACUAGUUGCACCUGCAGCCGGUGUCAAGGGGUUGCCUCCGUUAAAGAAGAAGAUAAGCAUGAUGAGCGAUGACUAG